CCCGGCCAGCACAAAGCUUUCCAAUCCAAAUCACAACAUGGAAGAGGACGACAACUAUGGCACCGGUGGCCUGAUGGAAGAUCCCGAAGACUACUACCCCUCAACCCCUCCUCCCACGCAGCAAAUCUUCACCCUGGGAAGCGGCAAGCAGGUUGUCCUGAACCUGGUCGGCCACAGCCCUACAGAGGCUCACCACUUAUGGAACGGCGCAAAGAUCAUCGCAGACUACUUUGAAGAGGGCCCCUCGCGGGUACGGAACAAGACGGUGCUGGAGCUCGGGGCUGCGUCGGGGCUGCCUUCGCUUGUGGCGGGCAUCUACGGCGCCAAGAAGGUUGUCAUGACGGAUUUCCCUGAUCCGGAUAUUGUCAUGAACAUGCAGAAGAAUAUCGAUGCGUGUGAUGAGACUACCGAGCCGAGGGGCCAUAUUGCAAAGACUGUUGAUGCGGUUGGCUUUGUCUGGGGCGGAGAUGCCGUGCCUCUCAUUGCUCGUCUUGAAGGCGAUUCAAAUCAAGAGGAAGCGCGGUUUGACGUUUUGAUUCUCGCUGAUUUGCUUUUCCGGCACUCGGAGCAUGGCGCUCUGGUCAAGACUAUCAGGGAGACGAUGAGGUCCUCGCGGGACAGCGCGGCAUAUGUCUUUUUCACUUCUUACAGGCCUUGGAAGAAGGAUUUGGACAUGGGCUUUUUCGACGUGGCGCGGGAGGCGGGCUUUGAGGUGGAGCAGGUGCUGGAGAAGAAGCUGGAGAAGCCGCUGUUUGAGAAUGACCCGGGCGAUUUGGAUGUGCAGAAGACGGUCAAGGGGUUUAUUGUGCGGUGGCCGGAGAGUGUAUGAUGGGGGCUGAUGAAGAAGACUUGCAUUUUAUAUAUUGGAGGGGGUUUUAAAAUAGCGAACUUGGGACUUUGCUUGUUGAAAAUUGAAUGGUAUUUGGGGGGG